AUGCCUGAAAUCACCCUUGGCAAAGUUGUAAAGCACAUUGGUGACCACAGUGAGCGCAUGAAAUCAGCAGAAGAAGUGGUAAAACGAGCCAUCAGACUUGGUCGAGAGUCAGAUCUUGUGCUGAGCAAGUUCUUCAAGUCAUGUGGUAUGCAAGGCCGGCUGGAGGUGAUGCAGUCCUGCUUCGCACACUGGCUAAAAGAAGGCAAUGUUACGUAUGGUCAGAAGAGCAUAUCUGCUCUUAUCACAUCUUCACUGAGGAACAACCACCCCCAGUGCGGAAAGGAGAUUGUGCGAAAGCUCAUAGACCAUGGCGUACCGGUUGGCACAAUAGCAUUCAACUCCCUCAUCCAAGAGUUUUCAAGGGCCGAGAUGAUUGAAGAGGCUCUGGAAUUGUUUGACUGGCUUCAAUGUUCAGAAGAGCAGCAUGCUGACAAGAGGACAUACCAGACUGUUCUUUGGGGGAUGAAGAGAUGCAAGAAGUUGGAUGCUCUGCAGAUGGUGUACGAGGCAUUUUUAGAAGAGGGCUGGGAAUUGGAUGCAACAUUGUAUUUUGCUUUCAUGACAGCGGCUGCCACAGCACACGAUGCCAGCUUUGCAGAAGACAUGUUGCUGCUCUUCAAGAAGGGCAAGGGCGAAUUGGACUGCAAGGUACUCAACAUGUACCUGCAAGUUCUUUCACAAUCGGCAUGCUUCCCACCAAAUUUGGAAGAAGUGCUUGAGAUGUACUCAGCUUCAGGCAAAGAGCCAGAUGCCUACACCUUCACAGCAUUGUUAACAGGAGCCUACAGAAGCUAUCAGCGAAUGAGUGUCAUAGACAUGCUCGUCAAGGAAAUUAGCAAGAGUGGGAUGGCCAUUACACCUGUCACAAGCUGCGCUGCAAUUCUCGGAUACAAGAACUGCACCAUGGACCCACCAAUGGAGCGGUGUGAGAGGGCUCAGAAAGUCUUCGACCUCACUGAAGACAAAAAUCGUGCAUGCUACCACCUUUUGAUGUCUCUUUAUGCGGAGAACAUGGACUUGGCCACGGCCAUCAGACUGCAGAGCGACAUGGAGGCUGUGGGGCUACCAUCUAACUCCAGAACAUACAAGACAUUGGAACAAGCAUGUACAGAAGCUGGCCUUAUGGGUUAUGCCGAAAAGUAUGAAAAGUUGUGGAAGCAAGCAUUGAAGCAAGAUGAGACUGAGUCGAGCGCAAAGUUGGGAAAGGAGUGA